UCCCCUGCAAUAAUGAAAACAUUUAUGGGAGAAGGUUGAUUUGUUUCUAUAAUUUUUCUUUAAGUUUAUUUGCAAACAUGUCUCUUGUAUCAUAUGGUGCAAGUGAUGACAGCGGUGAUAGUGAUGAUGAAAUUCAAGAUAAGGCGGUAGAAUCAAAAGUAAUGUCCGUCAUGUCGGGACAAAUCAGUGAUGAUGAAGACGAUUAUGCAAAUGCAACACCAACGUUGUCGACAGAAAAUUGCACAGGCGUUUCUAAUAAUGCAUCCAGUUCAGGAAAAGACAAACAGUUAGACGAUUUAAAUGAGAAUUUCUUGCACAAUAAUUUACCACAACCUAAAUCUUCAACAGCAACUGAUGCUAGUGUGGUUUUAGAUGAUACAUUGGAAGAUGAAGUUAAACCUAAAGCAUCUCAAAUGGCUGAUGCCCCAAAACCACCACCAAAGAGAGCAAAACAACCAGUUAGGAUUACAAUACCAAAACUAACACCAGAUGAAGAUGAUGAGCCCAAACAGAAAAAACAGAAAUUCACACCAUCUAACCAGUCAAGUGGACUGACAUCUAUUCUACCUCCACCAGUACAUGCAGCUAAAAAAGAAAAUAACAGAAUCUUACUGCCAUAUUCACUGGCUAAGAAAACACAACCCAAACCAGCUACAAAUGUCACUAAAACUACAAACUCUAAAAAUGCAGAGGAAAUAAUUACUAAACGUAAAAUGAGUGCUUUUCAAGCAAUGACAGGUUAUGAAAGUGACAGUGAUGAUGAGGAUUCUGGUUCAGGAAAUUUCUUUUCUCUGGAUAAAGACAAUUCUUCGGAACAUCAUAAACUUUCCACAAAUUUACCACCAUGUUUGCCGUCGGCUUCUGAAAUGUUACCAGAUAUCAAAGAUUCUGGUCAAGAGGCAGGGUCACAGUCAUUUGCCCCAUUACCUAAAGUUAUUGUCAAUCCAGAUGCACCAUUAGACUUUAAAUCUGGUACAAAGAGCAGCUCUUUUUAUAGUACCUUACCUAAAAUAUCACCAACUACAAGUAGUUAUACAGAAACACAGUCUAGUAGUACAACAACAGAUGAAUCACAGCAAUAUUCAGAUUAUAAUAUACCAUAUCAACAGUAUGCAGAGUAUAGUGGAGGCUAUGAUCAAGAAGCUGAAAAUCAAAGCCAGAUUCAAAAUUAUCUACAAGACGAACAGUUUUUGAGACUUCAAGGAAAGAAAGAGAGAGGGAAAGAAGAGAUUAAUAUUAUUGAUGCCAAUAUGGAUGAUAUGAUUAAUAAUGAUAUUGAAAUUACACGAAGUCUAACUGAAGAAUCAGAGUAUAAAGCACAUAGAAAGAAAGAUAAUAUGCCUUCAAGUAAACAGAAGAGAAAGCAUCAAAUUACUUAUUUGGCUUUUCAGGCUAAAGAGAGAGAAUUAGAACUGAAAAAUUCAUGGGCACAAGGACGAGCUUCCAAGCGACAAACACAAUCUAAGUAUGGCUUUUGAAAAGUUUAAUAUUUAGAUUGAUUUACUACUUGAGCAGAUGAAUAGCUAUUGAUGGUUGUCAUGGAGAUAGGGAAACCAAGACAGUGAUACUGAUAGUCUGAUAACUAGAAAUAAAUCAUUAAUGUAAUCUGGAUUCGAUAUUCUUACAGACAGGUGCACGGUGGGAGCUAAAUAGCUUUUAAAGAGUCUCAACCGAGUGCCAUAAAUAUAUGUGGUGGUACAGAAGGGGAUGACACCACCCGCUAUCGAGACCAUUUUAUAAAAUGGUAAAAUCUAUGCCCCAUUUUCUAGAAGAUUAUAUUAUUUUAUUACCUGAAAAUAGUUCAAAAGGUAAUUUGCUUUGUUUCGCAUAACAGCCCCACCUUGUUUCACUAACAGCCCCACCUUGACUUUUGAAAAUGCCUCAAAUUUUGACCACUAUAUUACCCUUUCUAAGUUUUCAGUAAGUAUCUGUGCCAAAAAUAACAGAGAGUGCAAAAAUCAAGUGGCGCAUGAAUAUCUGUACUCGCAAACUCACUGUCACAACACACCUACUUACACAGGUGUAAAUAUAUUUGUGUUAUUCAGUAAUUUAUUGUAAAUACUGAUAUAAUUAAUUGUCUGUUAUUACAUAUAAAUAUACAGGUCUAGUUGAUUAUAAAAUUGAAUUUGUCUUAUCUCACUCUCAUAUUAUUGUAUGCUUGAGAAAUCUAUUGAUUUUUAUACAUGUACAUAUUGAUGUAUAUAAUAAUUAAUAAACUGCUGUAGGUUUGUUUAAUAUCUGGUUAUUUAAUAUUCAGAUUAAUAUUCAUAAAAUACAGUACAACCAUAGUCUACAUACACAACAUUCACAAAAUGUUCGACUUUUCUUGUUGUAAAUCAUAAUUUACAAAAACAUAACUAUAAAGGUAAUACCAGUUGAAACAUGUGGCAGUGUUUAUAUAAUUUGGGUUUUUGCUUCUAUCCCUUUCAGAGGAUUGAACAAUCAUGCACUUCACAUUGGCAGUGUAGAAUAUGAUCAUACUGUAGAUCUAAUGUUGAUGAUAAUAUCUAAGAUAUGAAAUGUUGAUAAUAUCUGGGAUAGGAUGCUGUCACAAACAUUUCUGAUAGCUGAAAUCAACUGUGAUUAGUAUAUGUAUUCAGAACAAAGGCACCAUCUGUUUUCAACUAUGUUUACCUUAACUGAGCCAGUCAUAUAAUGAAGCUCUGUAUGUAGAUACACCUGUCAGUGUUGUCUGCGAUAUCACCCUAGGUGGAAGGGGACUCUUAAGCUCCACUGACUGACGGUCUGUUGGUUUUUAUAGAAGUAUGUAUAGAAGAUAAACCAUUCGGCCACCCAACUCCCCCUAUAUGGAAAAAAAAUGAAAUGGGGUUUAACGUCCUAGUGUUCUGCUCCGACUGGGCUAAUGAAGACGGCAUAUGCAAUACAGUGUGCCAUGAGGGAAUUUUGCCCGUGCAGCAACACUAUGGCCUGCUCGUAUAUCAAAUUCCAACUGUCAAGGGAUCUUUUACGUGCCUGCCAAUGUAUACACGGGACCUCAAAUUAUAAACCUAAUAAUAUUGUUAAUGAUUAUAGUAUAGGUUAUGUAUGAGUUAUUUUUAGCUGUUAUAAAAUAUUUAAUAUAAAAAAAAUUGUAUCAUUUGUUUAAUAAAGUUUAUUUCAGAUAUGUGCAGAGCAUGGAAUGUAAAAAAAAUAUAAUAAAAACUUUUUAAAAACCA